UCUUGCCUUUAGGAUGAAUAAAGCUGAGCUACUGAUGCGUUGUACCUAUAGAUCCACGACCUUGAAGCCUUCCGUUUGCGUAUCCUUUGAGCACCGUACAAAUACAUGCUGCGAGCCGAAACCGAUAACCUUGCAAGAUGCGGCUCCUGGAAAGAGGCGAUACCGGCGAGCUCCACUUAACGAACCCGAUUCCGAAUGACGCGAUCCCCGAGAUCCCCCGUUACGCGAUCCUUUCACACACAUGGGGCGACGAGGAGGUCUCCUUCGAAGACAUGGCGGACGGUACAGCCAAGAAAAAAGCAGGCUAUGCUAAGAUGCAGUUCUGCGGAGAUCAAGCUUGGCUCGAUGGGCUCAAAUACUUUUGGGUUGACACGUGCUGCAUCAACAAGUCCGACAAAGUCGAGCUUGAGCACGCUCUCAACUCCAUGUUUCGCUGGUACCGUGAAGCAGCCAAAUGCUAUGUCUAUCUCGCGGACGUCCCAGCCAAAGAGCAUAGUGCCAACAGUAACGGUAGCUUGGAACUGGCUUUUCAGAAAUGCAGAUGGUUCACCCGUGGAUGGACACUGCAAGAGCUUAUUGCUCCAACCAUCAUUGAGUUCUACUCUAAGGAGCGCGAGCGCCUGGGAGACAAGAAGUCAUUAGAAGAAGAACUACACGCCAUAACUGGGAUCCCUCUGAAAGCUCUCCAGGGAAGCCCUCUGUCUGAUUUCAGUGUCCCUGAACGAAUGGCGUGGAUGGACAAGCGAGACACAAAGUAUGAGGAAGAUAAGGUGUACGCUUUAUUCGGCAUCUUUGACGUACACAUACCGGUUAUCUACGGCGAAGGAUUGCAGAAGGCACUGAAGCGGCUACGAGACAAGAUCAAUGAGGAUUACCUCUGCUUGGCAAAGUUAUGGCCCACAGACCCGCGGGACCCGCGUGACGAGAAGGAGCGCAUUGAGUUAGAAAAAGGUGGCCUGCUGGUUGACGCUUACCGCUGGGUCUUCGACAAUUCCGACUUUAACCGAUGGCGCGACUCUCCAGAGUCCCGCCUGCUCUGGAUCAAGGGCGACCCUGGCAAAGGCAAGACCAUGUUGCUCUGUGGCAUCAUCAACGAGCUAGAGCAACCCAUCACUACUAACGCGCAGUUGCCGUGCUACGAGGGCUGA